AUGAAAAGAUUUUUGAACAGGAGUUCGAACCCAUUCUCAAAGUAUAUCAAAACACUUACUGUCUCUAAAGGAAAAGAGGAAUACUUCAACCUGCCAGCCCUGCAAGACUCUAGGUAUGAGGAGCUACCCUACUCAAUCAGAGUCCUAUUAGAGUCAGCUGUCAGGAAUUGUGACAACUUCUCAGUUAAGGAAGAAGACGUAGAAAAGAUACUCAACUGGGAAAAGACUUCAGAACAAGGAGUUGAAAUUCCAUUCCAUCCAGCUAGAGUUAUCCUUCAAGACUUCACAGGUGUCCCUGCUUGCGUCGAUCUUGCUGCUAUGAGAGAUGCUAUCAAAAAUAUGGGAGGAGAUCCUGAAAAAAUCAAUCCUCUUAAACAAGUCGAUCUUGUCAUUGACCACUCAGUGCAAGUAGAUGUCUUCGGAUCUGGUGAUGCUAGAGCAAGGAAUGAACAGAUUGAAUUCAAUAGAAACAAAGAAAGAUUCCAAUUCUUGAAGUGGGGGCAGAAUGCAUUUGAAAAUUUCAGUAUUGUCCCACCAGGCAGUGGAAUAGUUCAUCAAGUAAAUCUUGAAUACCUCGCAAGUGUUGUCUACAAUAGAGGUGAAAUGCCAUGCCCAGACUCUGUUGUCGGUACUGACUCGCAUACUACAAUGAUCAACGGACUUGGUGUCCUCGGAUGGGGAGUAGGAGGUAUUGAAGCCGAAGCAGUCAUGCUCGGACAGCCAAUUUCAAUGGUUCUUCCUGAAGUCGUAGGGUUCGAACUUUCAGGUGAAUUAUCUCCUGAGACAACAGCCACUGAUUUGGUGCUGACUGUUGUUCAAAUGCUCAGGCAGAGAGGAGUUGUAGGAAAGUUUGUGGAAUUCUAUGGAGAAGGUGUUGCUAACCUUACAAUUGCUGAUAGAGCAACCAUUGGUAAUAUGGCUCCUGAAUACGGAGCUACAUGAGGAUUUUUCUCAGUCGAUGACCAGACUAUCAACUAUAUGAAACUUUCUGGAAGAGACAAAGAUCAUGUCAACAUGACUCAAGAAUAUUUAAAAGAAAAUGGGAUCUAUAGAGAUUAUCUUAAUGAGAAAAAUCCUAAAUAUAGUGGAGAUUUGAUGCAUUUAGACCUAUCUGCUGUCGAACCAAGUCUCUCUGGACCCAAGAGACCUCAAGAUAGAGUUAGGAUGUCUACAUUAAAGAAGGAAUUCAAUGAAUCCUUGACAAACGAAGUCGGAUUUCAUGGAUUUGGACUUGAUGAAAAGCAAACCGAAGCAACUGCUAAGCUAAACUAUAAGGGCGAAGAGUUCGAGUUGAAGCAUGGGUCAGUGGUCAUCUCAGCAAUCACUUCAUGCACUAACACUUCUAACCCAGGAGUAAUGCUUGCUGCUGGAAUGCUUGCAAAGAAUGCAGUUAAGAAAGGAUUGAAAGUUAAGCCAUAUGUAAAGACUUCUCUUUCUCCUGGAUCAGAAGUUGUAUCCUUUUAUUAUAAAGAAGCAGGACUCCAAGAAUAUCUAGACCAGCUUGGCUAUACUACUGCAGGAUAUGGGUGUAUGACUUGUAUCGGAAAUUCAGGAGAUUUACCCAAAGAAGUUCAUGAUGCCAUAGAAAAUAGCGACGUAGUCGCUGCGGCAGUUUUAUCAGGAAAUAGAAAUUUUGAAGGUAGAGUUCAUCCACUUACCCAAGCAAACUACUUAGCAUCGCCACCUCUCUGUGUUGCUUAUGCUCUUGCAGGAACUGUAGAUAUUGAUUUUGCCAAUGAGCCAAUCGGCCAAGAUAAAGAUGGUAAUGAUGUCUAUCUCAGGGAAAUCUGGCCCACAAGAGAAGAAGUAGAGAAGGUGAUCAAUGAAUCUGUCAAGUCCGAGCAUUUUACAAAGAAUUAUGCUAAUAUUACUAAGGGAAAUGAAGACUGGCAAAGCCUCUCAGCUGGAUCAGGAAAGCUUUAUAACUGGGAUGAUUCUACUUACAUUCACAAUCCUCCAUUCUUCAAAGGAAUGGGAGCUGAGCCAGAACUAAUCAACGAUAUUGAGGAUGCAUACUGCCUUUUGAACUUGGGAGACUCUAUUACAACUGAUCAUAUCUCUCCUGCCGGAAAGAUUGCAAGAGACUCACCUGCUGCAAGAUAUCUCCAAGACAAAGGUGUUUCAGAGAGGGAUUUCAACACUUAUGGAAGCAGAAGAGGAAAUGACGAAAUAAUGGCUAGAGGAACGUUCGCAAACAUCAGACUUAUCAAUAAAAUGGCCUCUAAGGUUGGUCCACUUGCAGUCAAUGUUAAUACUAAUGAGGAGAAGGCAGUCUUCGACGUAGCUGAAGAUUAUCAAAAAGAAGGAAAACCUAUGAUAAUUCUUGCAGGAAAAGAAUAUGGAUCAGGCUCCUCAAGAGAUUGGGCAGCUAAAGGGCCAUAUCUACAAGGAGUCAAAGCUGUGAUUGCUGAAAGCUUCGAGAGAAUUCAUAGAAGUAAUUUGGUUGGAAUGGGAAUCCUUCCCCUGCAAUUUGUUGAAGGUGAAAGUGCUGAGUCUCUUGGAUUAGAUGGAACUGAAAGAUUUAAUAUCGAACUCAAAAAUGGAGACUUACCACUCAGAGGAGAAGUUGAUGUCACUACAAGUACAGGAAAAACCUUCAAGGCAGUAGUAAGAAUUGAUACAGAACCAGAGAAAGAGUACUUCAAAAAUGGUGGAAUCCUACAUUACAUGAUCAGAUCUCUGAACGAUCAGUAAACUCACAGUAUAGCCCAAAUAUGACGUCUUUGGGACACUCAAGGCCAUUCCAAAAAAUAAGAUGAAAACGUCAUUAAUACGAACAUCUAUAUUUCA